AUGCAUCGUGCACGACGGGAUCAUACAGCAGCCGUAUUAAUAAAUGGAAAAGUAUUAGUUGCUGGUGGAUUUAACAAUGGUGCAAUCAACAAUGCUGAACUGUAUGAUCUAUCAACAGAAACAUGGACAACUAUUAACAGCAUGAAUGAUGCGCGAGGUGAGCAUACAAUAUCCGUACUGACGAAUGGAAAAGUGCUAGUGACCGGUGGACUUGGUUAUCGGGGUUUUCAGAAUAGUACCGAGUUAUAUGAUCAAUCAACAGGCAAUUGGACGAUUACUGCUUCCAUGAAUAUUGAACGAGUUGAACACAUCGCAUCCACAUUAACAAAUGGAAAAGUGUUAGUUACCGGUGGUUAUGGUGGUGGCCGUUGGUUGAAUAGUGUUGAACUAUACGAUCCAUCAACAGAGACUUGGACAACCACUGGCAGCAUGAACACUACACGAAGCCAACACACAUCAUCCGUUCUAAGGGAUGGAAAAGUAUUAGUCACCGGUGGACACAUUGUUGGUGAUGCUCUAAACAGUGUUGAAUUGUAUGAUCCAUUAACAGAAACAUGGACAACUACUGAUAGCAUGAAACAUGCACGACACGAACAUGCAGCAUCUGUAUUACCUAAUGGAAAAGUGUUAGUGACUGGUGGAUUUGACAAUAUGGCACUAAAUACUGCGGAGUUAUAUGACCCAUCAACAGGAAUGUGGACAUUCACUGCUAGUAUGAAUCAUAUGCGUUGGAAACACACAGCAACCGUAUUAGCAAAUGGAAAGGUGUUAGUUAUCGGUGGAUUUGAUAGCAAUGCUAUUAGUACUGCUGAAACGUAUGACCCAUUAACAGAAACAUGGACACCAGUUGGUAGCAUGAAUGAUGCACGAGGUGAACACACAGCAUCUAUAUUAACAAAUGGAAAGAUUUUAGUUACUGGUGGAACUUUUGUUGGCACGGUUUUGAGCAGUGCCGAAUUGUAUUCAUCAUUGGAAACAGAUUAG